AUGAACGAAGAAAUUAGAAACAUACUUAAAAAAAUAUUGGAAAUGUAACUUGAUUGCACUUAAAUACUUACUACAAUUCUAUUCAAAAAUAAUGAUUCAUACAAAGAUGAAGAUUUUUAAAUAAAUAAAUAAAGUAUAGAGGAACAAAAGAAUUAAAUUGAAUUACUUGAGAAAAAAUAAAAGAAAAAACAUCUUAAUAAUGAAAAAUCUUUAGAAGUAUCAAAACUAAAUAAUACUAAUCCUCAAUAAAAAUUAUUUUAUGAAGUGAAUCCUGAAAUUAAACUAUCCCCUGAAGAAUGCUAUAAGAAAUUAAAUAAUAUUAUUUAAGAAUUUAGAUCGAGAAAUUCUUUGGCAACUAAGCCUCAUAAUUUCGAUUUUUAAUAUAUAAAGAACUAUCAUAGUAAGAGCAAGUUUAAGGAACUAAGAAAUUUUGUUAAGUAGAUAAUUAAUAGUAUUGAAAAUAAGAAACCUGUAAUUUGUAAAGCUAAUGGACAAAAGGUAAUCUAAUGUCCUUCAUGUGAUUUUUAAGGAUUUUCUGGUGUGUAUUAUCCUCAUAUUUUGAAGAAACAUUGUCAGAAUUAUUAUAUUUUUUGUUGCUUUUUGUGCUACAGAGAUUUUUAAUCAUAUAUCUUGUUGAAAAAGCAUCUCAAAAGAUAACAUAAGUCAAUAUUGAAUACUAGUUCAGAUGUGGAAAUAAUUAAAGUGUAAUAAGAUGAUAACGAUAAUGAUUUGAGUAUUAGUAUUUGA